AUGAAGUCGCAAUCUAGAGAGGAUUCAAAGGACAAAUGUCCAAUAAAGGCAAAAAGUCAAGGAUAUGUCAAGACUCUUCUUUUAAGGAUCACAAGGAUCUGGCCUCUGAAAUAUGUGUUUAAAAUUCUUCAAAAGAUGGCUUCUUUUGCUGGGCUGUCAUUUGAGGUGGAAAAUAUUGGGGCCGUGGGACAGACCUCUCCAAAUGAACGCCGUUUUCUCUUUGGCAAGAAAAGAAUUGGCCGUUUGAGCAGAAUAAUUCUGUUUAUCACUCCUCAUAGACUUCAGUGUGCACUGGGGUUCCAUGCUGCAGAGAGUUUAGGUCAAUCAACCUCAUCAGAUGAGAUAAAGAAGUCUCCAUUAAAGCCAUGUGGAAAGGGCAACAAAAGGAAGCAAGAAGACCUUGAUCUUGAAGAGCAGCACAGUUGGGUAACAUUCAUGACUGAAGAUCUUCCAGAUGAAGAUCAGGAUGAUGACCCCACAUAUGAACCCAGCAAAUCUGACACAGACAGCGAAGAACACCAUUCCAAAAAUGAAACCGAAAGUGACAUUGAGAUUGAAGAAAAGGAUGGGGUUGUCAUGAUCAAGGAGCGAGAGGAGGAUUUGUCAAACAAGGAGGAAACACAUGGAGAUGAACAGACAAAUAGAGGGGAGCCAAAUCCAGGCAGCAAUGGCCAAAAAACAGAUGGUGGUGAUCAGGAAGCUGUCUCCUCUGCAGGUAAAUGUUGUAGUGUUAUUAGCCAUGAAUAUGUGUAA